AUGGUUCUUGCAACCACAACCAUGAUGCUGUUCCCAAUAGCCAUUGCUGGUGACAAAAUUGAUAUAGGCGUUUGUUAUGGAAUGGUGGCGGACAACUUACCUCCGGCCGCAGAAGUCAUUGCCCUUUACAAGAAGUAUAGCAUUGGCAAACUGAGGCUUUUUGAUCCAAAUCGAGAUGCUCUACAAGCACUAAAGGGCAGUGACAUUGAUGUCACAUUAGGCGUAAAAAAUGAAGAUAUACCAAACAUAGCAGCAAGCGUUGACGGCGCAAGAUCAUGGUUUACGACAAAUCUACAACCUUAUACUAAUGACAUUACAUUCGCAUUCGUUUCUGUGGGAAAUGAGGCCAUCCCAGGUGAGUUCGCAGACAGUAUUGCACCAGCCAUGAAAAAUCUUCAGUCUGUCUUAAGUGAUGACAACCUUAAUGGUAUAACCGUGACAACAUCAGUGUCAACGGCUGUGCUAGGAACUUCCUUUCCGCCUUCAGCCAGCGUAUUCUCAGAUGAUGCAAAGGGUGCAAUUGUCGAUGUUCUGAACUUUUUAACCAUCAAGGGAUCACCUCUGAUGGUGAAUGUGUACCCUUACUUCGCCUAUGCAUCCGAUCCAGUGCAUGUUCGUCAAGAUUAUGCACUCUUCACCGCAACAGAUGCGGUGGUUGUGGAUGGUAAUUUGACUUAUCAUAACUUGUUUGAUGCUACGGUAGAUGCAGUGUACUGGGCAAUGGAGAAAGAAGGCGUGCAUAAUGUGGGAGUGGCAGUUUCCGAGAGUGGAUGGCCUUCUGCCGGGAAGGGGAAUUUCACAACUCCAAAACUUGCGUCUACGUACAACAAGCACUUCAAGCAGCAUAUCUUGAGCAAGGCUGGUACACCUAAAAGGCCAGGGGCUCACAUUGAAGGCUUCAUUUUUGCAAUGUUUAAUGAAGAUCUCAAGCCUGCUGGAGUAGAACAAAAUUGGGGACUUUUUUAUCCUAACAUGAAACCUGUUUAUCCAGUGUUUUGA